AUGACGGGCGGAAGGGACGAGCUGAGCGAAGAGAAGCCCAGAGUCAAGCUGCUGUCUCCGGCCUUCGGGAUGGACAAGUCCCGGCUGCACGGCUCCGGGUUCCGCUCCAAAGGCUUCGCCAUCACCGACCUGCUGGGUCUGGAGUCCGACCUGCAGGCCCGGCAGGUCCAGGUCCAGCAGCAGCAGCAGCAGCCCGGGGCGGCCCCGGGAUCGGGCCUGUCUGCGGCGGGGACCGGACCCGGGGCGGAGCCUCACGGUGCGGGCGGCGGGCUCGGCGGGUUCUCGUUCCCGGGCGGUUCUCUGCCGCUCGGCCUCGGGUUCCUGUGCAGCCUGGCGGCGCAGCAGCCCUCCGGAGCGCCCUGCUUCCUGCCGGGACACCUGCCGCUGCUGCAGGCCCGGGCAGACAGCCACUACCUGCAGAACCUGGAGGCCCAGAGGGACGCUUACUCCGAUGAGGAGUGUCUGUCGGACCGUAAUGACUCUAAAAGCUCCGCAAACUCUCAGAAGAGGAAGAAGAGGAGACACAGGACAGUGUUCACGUCCCACCAGCUGGAGGAGCUGGAGAAAGCUUUCCAUGAGGCUCAUUAUCCUGACGUCUACGCCCGGGAGAUGUUGGCCAUGAAGACGGAGCUGCCUGAGGACAGGAUACAGGUGUGGUUCCAGAACCGGCGUGCAAAGUGGCGAAAGCGUGAGAAGUGUUGGGGCCGCAGCAGCGUCAUGGCGGAGUACGGUCUGUACGGAGCGAUGGUGCGACACUCAAUCCCGCUGCCCGAGUCCAUCCUCAAUUCCGCCAAGAACGGCAUGAUGGGAUCGUGCGCCCCCUGGCUGCUCGGUGAGCCGCAUGCACGAAUGCACAAGAAGUCUCUAGAGAUGUCCAAAAAGUGUCCCAGCCCUCGGGAGUCUGACUCGACACGAUCAGACUCGUUCUGCGACGCCUCAGAGCGUCGGGGUGGCGGCGAGGUGAGGGAGGAGGAGGAGGAGCUACUGGAGAUGGAGGAAGACGAGGAGAUGGAGGAUGAGGUGGCCAUUGACCUGUCCAGCUCCUCCAAACAGCAGCAGCAACAGGAGGAGGCCGGGGGCUCCAUAAGGCCCGCCUCCUCACCACGGCGGCAGAGCGGCGGCGAAUCAGAUGAACGCAGCUGA